AGAGGCAGAUUUUUCUCCGCUCUACGAAAUGGAAAGGCUAUAAAGAUGUCCGCUCCCUUAAAAACAUGGCUUAUUGGCGCAUCCAUUUUUUUUUUUCUGACUGCAAAUUCAAUCCCUGUGGUAAUCAAAAUAUUUAGGUCUGCUAGCGCUGACGGAUUCCAGAAGGGCUACUGCGCAUGCGCAAGUUUAGUGAUUUUUCCCUGUAACUAAGGAGAGGAAAAGGACUAAAAACUGGUUAUUGCAGGAAGUUAUGACUGAUUCGGGAAAUAUUAAAGAGACUUUGCCGGCAGAAGAAUUCAGAUUUUAAGAUCGGAGAAGAGAAUGAAGGACUGCAGAGUUCAUUCAGAGCGGAAGUGAGCGGGCUGGCACUCUGCAGGCGGAGUAGAGACAGGCAAGUUGGACUCUGCAAAGACGCGAAUUUAUUCGUUCUGCCUUUAUAAGUUUUUGGCUUCUCUCCACAAGAGUCAGUCAUGACUGAGUCCCAGGGAUCAGUGUCAUUUGAGGAUGUAUCUGUGGACUUCACUCAGGAAGAAUGGAAUCAACUGGACCCUGUUCAGAGGAGCCUAUACAGAGAUGUGAUGCUAGAGAAUUAUAGCCAUCUUGUCUCUUUGGGGUAUCCUAUAACCAAACCAGAAGUGAUCAGCUCUUUAGAGCAAGGAAUCCUUGGGAUCAUAAAGAAAGAAAUCCCAAGUUCAAAUUGCACAGAAGAUGGGCAAGCUGAAUACAACCUGGCAUGGAAUCAGAAAAAACAAAAUAUGCCCCUGGAGCAGACUAUAUCUGUUAUUGAGAAAAAUGUGACUGAAGAAAGAAGUUAUGAAUGUGAUGGAUUUGUAAGCCCACUUUCCCAGAACACAUGGGCAAUUUCUUCAGGACCGACACCCUAUAUGAAUAACUUAUUUGGGGAAAGUAUUGAAGAUAAUUUAGGCUUACUCAAUCCUAGUAGUCUGAACUUUGCAUCUCAGGAAUGUUAUGAAUGUAACAAAUGUAGGAAAUUAUUAAUUCCUGGCAGACAUGAGAUAAGUGACGGAAUGAAGUCCCAUGAGUAUAAUAUGUAUGGAAAAGAGCAUAUUUAUAACUUUGUUCAUCAUGACAACUUAACUCAACUUGGAGACAAAGCCUAUGAAUGUCCUGAGUGUAGAAUAACCCUCGGCCCAAGUUCACUCCUUUUCGUUCAUCAGAUCACUCACAUAGGAGAAAAGCCUUAUGAAUGGGCAAGAUGCAGAGAAGCAAUCAACAACACAGCACACCUCAGUCUACAUCAAACAAUGCACGUGGGAGACAAGCUUUUUGAAUGUAAUGAGUGUGGCAAAUCCUUCAGAGAAGAGUCAACACUGCAUAUACAUCAAAGAACACAUACAGGUGAAAAACCAUAUAUAUGCACAGAGUGUGGCAGUGCUUUCCAAGAAAAGACAAAUCUUAUCAUACAUAGGAGAACUCACAAAGGCAAGAAGCCCUAUAAAUGUACAGAUUGUGAGAAAACCUUCAACCAAAAGGCACAUCUGAAUGUACAUCAGAGAACACACGCAGGAGAAAAACCUUUUGAAUGUACCAAUUAAGGAAGUACUUCAGAGAAAUCAACUUUGAAUAUACAUCAAAGAACUCACACAGGAGAGAAACCUGUGUGCAAUGAGUGUGGCAAAGCCUUCAGAGAAAAGACAAAACUCAUUAUACAUCAGAGAACUCACACAGGAGAGAAACCCUACGAAUGUUUGGAAUGUGGGAGAGCCUUUAACCAAAAGGCACACCUCAGUGUACAUCAGAGAAGACACACAGGAGAGAAACCUUUCGAAUGCAAUGAAUGUGGCAAAGCCUUCAGAGAAAAGUCAACACUGCGCAGACAUCAAAGAAUUCAUACAGGAGAAAAACCUUAUGUGUGUUCAGAAUGUGGAAAAGCCUUUACCCUUAAGCUAAGCCUCAGUGCUCACCAGAGAAUUCAUACAGGGGAAAAAACAGAUGGAUGUACUAUAUGUGGAAAAGUCUUCUCCAGGAAGUCAUACCUCCUGUUACAUCAGAGAGCUCAUACAAGAGAAAAAUUUGAAAAAUCAUAUGAAUGCAAUGAAUGUGAUAAAGCAUUCUUCCAGAAAUCAUAUCUCAUUAUUCACCAGAGAGUUCACACAGGGGAGAAACCCUACGAGUGCAAUAUAUGUGAGAAAUCUUUCUCCCAAAAGUCAUAUCUCAUUAUUCAUCAAAGAACCCAUACAGGAGAGAAACCAUAUCAAUGUGAUAAGUGUAGCAGAGCCUUCAGAGAGAAGUCCAAACUCGCUGUGCAUCAGAGAACGCACAUAGGAGAGAAACCCUAUGACUGCUCUGAAUUGGAAAGAAACUUUCCAGAGAUCAAAGUUCCUCAUGGAUUAGAGAAUUUAGAGAUGAGAGAAAACAAAGAACUGAAAAUAGAAAAUCGGUCAUAGUAAAGUUAAAGAAAAGGGAACUGUAAAAAUUGAUAGGGAAAUUGUGCUCUAGCUAAGGUGCUUUUCUGAACAUAUGACACUUAGGCUUAAAGACCAGAACCAGCCAUGUUGGGAGAGGAGCAUUCUGAGUCAAAGAAAUAGGAAGCUCCACUUUCUUAAGGAAAAGAACUUGGCCUCUGUACUUUUGCAUCAUGAAUCUAUUGAAUUAUCAUUUCUAAUCAAAGAGGUUGUUCAGUUCUGAAAUCUUUUCAAGUCUUGAAUGUAUGAAAUCUGUUAAUUGAAAAACAAACCUCAUCAUAAAUGUGGGCAUAAGUAUAAAAAGAAUUCAAUUAAUUAAUUUAAACAAGUAUAGUUCCUCAGAAGUGAGGUAAAGGGAAUCUGUGUGUUUCCAAAUUUAAUAUCAAAAACUUAUAGAAAACAUAAAAAGAACUUAUUAGAAAAAGUAGUUUACCAGACAAUUUUAAGUUAAAGAUUUAAAUAUAACCAUUAAAGGAACAACAAAGAAUAUAUUAUAAAAUUCCAAAUUAUUUUAAUAAUCAGAAUAAUGCAAGAAGAUACUACUAGUGUAUCAAAUUCAAUGUUAAGCAGUAAUAACAGUUGAUAAUGCCAAUGUUUUCUUCCUAACCUGAUCUGGGAGGACUAUAAGCUUCCAAGAAGGACUAUAAGCUGCUAAUAGGCUUUAGAAGACAUGUUUUUGAGACAAACUCACCAGAGUUAUUUUCUGCUGCUUUUAAUGAAUGCCUACCACAUUCAGAAUUUUGUCAAUAGCCAGCAUAAUAGCAUCCUUUAUGGACUCCCAGAGAGAUGUGAAAUUUGGUUAUCUAUACUGGCUGGGGUGAAAUAAUGGGAAAUUCCAGUUAACAUUUAAGAAGAGGUCUUGAACUCUCCUGGUCAUACAGUAGCAACUAGCUGUUUUAAUGAUCAUCUGUGUUUAUUUUUGAUGAAUGCUAAAAGUAGGCUUUGGGUAACUGGGCCCUGACCAUAGACUACAAACAACAUGAUGAACUACUUCAUCAGAAUAGCUGUUUCCAAUGGGACUGCCCAGUGAAAUGAGAGAAAAUAACAAGUUCUUAAGAGAUGUGUCUUGACACAGCCUGAAACCCAGGCAUUCUGUAAAAAGAAAUUAUUACUUUGUGUGUCCUUUGAAUUCUUUACCUAAAUUCCAAGUCUGUCAUUUUCAACUUUAGAUUUAAAUCAUGAAAGAGAUAACAGGAAAUUGGAGCUUAGAAGGGUAGUAUGUUAGAGUAUAUGGAAGAAUGUGAUUAUUUUAAACUCUCAGUUCACACUGUGUAAGCUCUAUUUAAUUUAAUUCUCCCCUGAAGAGACUGCAAAUGUCUUAAAUAAAGACCCUGUGAUGACCUAAUAUGAAAAUUAUGCUUUUAAAGGUAAGACAUCUUUCAUAUACCCAACCAUUCUAUCUCCAAAUAUGUAACUGAAUUUUUUGAGGCAGGGUCUUACUAUGUAGGCCAGGCUGGCCUUAAGCUUGUGAUCUUCUGCCUUUGUCACCUGAGUGGCAAAGUAUGUGCCACCACAUACUUAUCUCUAAGAAAAUUUUUAUGCCAAGCACUGUAUGCAUUUUCCAAAUAUCAGUUCAUUAAAUCCUCCAAAUAAACCCCAUGAGUUACUGCUCUCA